AUGCGGGCCGGUGAAGGCAUGGGUCCGGACAGCGCGCACGUCAAAGGGACAUUCUUCAAUAAAGUGGACGUGCCGGACCAUGCGCAUUACAUAAUCGCUGUCUUCGUCCUCGCCAUCGGGACCCUGGGCGUCACCGGGAACGCGCUGGUCAUGUACGCCUUCUACAGUAACAAGAAGCUGCGCAACCUUCCAAACUACUUCAUCAUGAACCUGGCGGUCAGUGACUUCCUCAUGGCCUUCACUCAGUCGCCCAUCUUCUUCAUCAACAGCCUCUUCAAGGAGUGGGUCUUUGGAGAGACAGGUUGUAAGCUGUACGCAUUCUGUGGAGCUCUCUUUGGCAUCACGUCCAUGGUGAACCUUCUGGCCAUCUCCAUCGACCGGUACCUGGUGAUCACUCGACCCCUGGGCUCGGCCCGCUGGUCCUCCAGGAGGCGCACUGCUGUGGCCAUCGCUCUGGUGUGGCUCUACUCGCUCGCCUGGAGUCUAGCGCCCCUGCUGGGCUGGAGCUCGUACAUCCCUGAAGGCCUCAUGACCUCCUGCACCUGGGACUACGUGACCUACAGCGUGUCCAACCGCAGCUACACCAUGAUGCUCUGCUGCUUCGUCUUCUUCAUCCCCCUCGCCAUCAUCUUCUACUGCUACCUCCACAUGUUCUGGGCCAUACGCAAGACCGGCAGGGAGGUGGAGCGGUUGGGGACCCAGAUGAGGAAGUCCGCCCUGAUCAAGCAGAAGUCCAUCCGCAGCGAGUGGAAGUUGGCAAAGAUCGCGUUUGUGGUCAUCGUGGUUUAUGUCCUCUCCUGGUCUCCGUACGCCUGCGUCACCAUGAUCUCCUGGGCCGGACACGCAAACAUCCUAACGCCGUACUCCAAAGCCGUGCCUGCGAUCAUCGCCAAGGCCUCCACAAUCUACAACCCCUUCAUCUACGCCAUCAUUCACAACAAGUACAGGUUGACGCUGGCGGAGAAAGUGCCGUGCCUGCGCUGUCUGGCUCCCGGCGCCCGUAAAGACUGCACCUCCUCCUCCAUCAGCGAGUCGUCUGUGCGAGACUCCAUCAUCAGCCGCCAGUCCACAGCCUCACGCUCCCACUGCAGCUCUGUGUCCAACUACUGCAACGAUGUGGUGUUGCGUGACGUGGAGAUGGACCCUGUGAGCAGACAGACCGCCCCCGCUACGAGAAAAGCGUCUCUCUACAACCAAAAGUCCAGCCAUAAGUCCAGUCACAAGUCCAGUCACAAGUCCAGUCACAAGUCCAAUCAUAGAUCCAACCACAGGUCCUCCAAGAAACCUCUGCUGCCAAAGAGCUCCAAGAACUACACUCACAGCACAGAGAAGCACCCCGUCGCGCUCAGUGGCUCCUCCAGCGGCUGUGACCUGAUCUCCAGCUCCCUCUCCAUCGCCACUCUCCCCCUGGUGCUCACGCAGAGGCGGAGUCACAGCCUCACCGACCUCCUAGGCACCACCGGGGUCAGAGUUCACAAGAGUCACAGGCCGUUCAGCAGCUACUCCAUGGACUGCAGGGGGGAAACGCGCCGAAUCAGCUCGCCGCCGUAA